AUGAAGAUAAGUAUUAUUGGAUUCUUGUUUGCUUCUGUUUUGGUGGUUGGAUGUAUGGGUGGUCAUGAUCAUGGUCGUGCUCGUGGACAUGAUCAUGGCCAUGGUCGUGCUCGUGGACGUGAUCAUGGUCGUGGUCGUGGUCAUGAUGGUGAUAAGGAAGAUGAGGGGUUGAAGAUGAACUAUUAUAAGAAACAGUGUGGUUCGGUUGUGGUUGAAAAUACAAUAAAAGAGAUUGUAUGGAGCAAAGUUGCUGAAAGUCCUGCCCUGGCGGCCAAGCUUCUAAGGCUUCACUAUCAUGAUUGCUUUGUUAGGGGGUGUGACGCUUCGAUUCUGUUAGAUCCCGCGCAAAAUAAGACUGCAGAAAAGACUGCAGGACCUAACAGAUCUGUUUCUGGAUAUGAUGUUAUUGAUGAAAUAAAAACAACAUUAGAGGCCAGUUGUCCUGGAAUUGUUUCUUGUGCUGACAUUCUUGCAUUGGCAGCUAGGGAUGCUGUUUCCUUCCAAUUUCAAAUGGACAUGUGGCCAGUUUUCACCGGCAGAAAAGAUGGAAACAUCUCGUUGGAGGCGGAAGUUCGUCCGAAUUUACCAUCUGGAAAUGCCAAUUUCACAACUCUCUUGACCCAAUUUGGAGUCAAAGGCCUUAACCUUAUUGAUCUUGUAACACUUUCAGGGGCUCAUACAAUUGGGUUCUCACGUUGUGUCCUGGUCGCAAGAAGGCUCUACAACUUUACAGGAAUAGGAGACGCUGAUCCUUCUCUUGACGCGACUUAUGCACAAACACUGAGAAAAAUAUGUCCAAACCCUCAGAAUCCAACCACUGCUCUUGAAAUGGAUCCUAAUAGUGCUCUCUCCUUCGAUUCUGAUUACUUCAGGUCUUUAAACAAACAUAAGGGUUUGUUUGUAUCGGAUGCAGCUUUACUCACAAACCAAGAAUCGGCUAUGGUGGUAAAAUCUUUAGAAAACCCUAUGGUUUUCUUUGCUAAGUUUGCUCGGUCCAUGGUGCGAAUGGGCGCUAUUGAAGUCCUUACUGAUGGUCAAGGAGAAGUCAGGAAAAAUUGUCGAGCCCACGUCCACAGAUUGGACAAGAAAGAUAACAUGGUCAAAAGAUAUCAAGUCAAAGAACCCAAAAAGGAAAACAUGAAGAAAAUCAUAUUUGAAUUCUUGUUUCUUUCCAUUUUGGUGGUUGGGUCCAUGGGUGGUGGGGGGUUGAAGAUGAAGUAUUAUGACAACAAAUGUGGUUCGGUUUCAGUUGAAAAUACAGUACGAGAUAUCGUAUGGAAAAAAGUUGAAGAAAAUCCCGCUAUGGCUGCCAAGCUUCUAAGGCUUCAUUACCAUGAUUGCUUUGUCAGGGGAUGUGAUGGUUCAAUCCUGUUGGACCCUGUUCAAAAUACGACAACUGAAAAGACAGCCGGACCUAACAGAUCUGUUACUGGGUACGACAUAAUUGAUGAGAUAAAGACGACUUUGGAGACUGAAUGUCCCGGAAUUGUUUCUUGUGCUGACAUUGUUGCACUGGCAGCUAGAGACGCCGUUUCUUUCCAGUUUAAAACGGAAAUGUGGCCGGUUUUUACCGGAAGAGAAGACGGAAAAGUCUCGUUGGCGGCGGAAGUUGGUGCCAAUUUACCAUCGGCCAACGCCAAUUUUACAACUCUCUUGACCCAAUUUGGAAACAAAGAGUUAAACAUGGAUGAUCUUGUAAUACUUUCAGGGGCGCAUACAAUCGGGAAUUCACGUUGUGUCUUGGUUGCGAGAAGACUCUACAACUUUACAGGAAUAGGAGACGUUGAUCCUUCUCUUAACGCUACUUACGCACAAACAUUGAGAAAAAUAUGUCCGAACCCUCAGAAUCCAGCCACUACUCUCGAAAUGGAUCCCGAUAGCUCCCUCACAUUUGAUUCUGAUUACUUCCGGUCUUUAAACCAGCAUAAAGGUCUAUUUGUAUCUGAUGCAGCAUUACUCACAAACCAACAAUCGGCUCAAAUGACAGAAGUAUUACAAAAUCCCGAUGUUUUCUUUGCUCGAUUUGCUCGAUCAAUGGUACGAAUGGGUGCCAUUGAGGUCCUUACAGAAGGUCAAGGAGAAGUUAGAAAAAGUUGCCGAGUCAUUAAUAGUCAGUGAUAACAGGUAGACGUGAUUCCUUAACACAGUGUUGUUUGAGUUUGGUGUAUCGUUCUUUUUUCGUAACAUGUCAAAAAGCAAAAGUAAUCUGUAACUUGUAAACUUUCGACUUCAAUAAGGUAAAAGUGUGCACUUGAGCCACAAGUUUAAAAA